AUAUAUGAACAAGUGUGACAAGUGUUGUAACAAGUGAUGCGUGAUGUACCUGAUUAAUUUAACUAAGACUUUCUUCCUUUGCUUUUAAGCAGAAAAGAUAGAGACAGAGACAGAGAUAAUGAGAAUGAGGGAGAAGGAAUGAGUGUUUGAUAUCACGUGUCAGGUGGUUUUGAAGUGAGUCCAAGUUGAUUGGAAUUUAGAUACAACCUUUGUGGUCUGAGAUUUUGGUGACAGACUGGCUACAGUGAAACAAUAAUAAUAAUAACAAUAAUAAUAAUAUUUAAAAGUGCAAUGAAAGACUUAUAAAAAAUGGAUUAUUUGUUGGAGCGUAUAGUUAUUUUUAAACAAGUGUUUUAUAUUAGAAAAUUUGAGAUGCAAGACCCGAUUUGAUUUCGCGAAAUGUUUCUCACUUAGAAACAAGUGUUUCAAUAAAUAAGAUUGUUAAUCCAAAGGCUAAAUAAGAAAUUAAUAAUGGAUACGACGAGAUUAAGUGGACCGGGAUCUGGCAACCCGGCACCAGAACAUUCAACAAUGCCGAGUUACACAGGACUAACUGGUGACGGUAAUGUCGACUACAUUAUCAGUGAUUACAUGGAACGUUUGGGUGAGCGUUUAAACAUUCUUGAAACGGAGCUAAAGUAUGCGUGGCGUGCAUUGGAUUUAUUGAGCCAAGAGUAUAUUAAAAUGUGGGAAAGGUUGGAGAAGUUGGAGGGGUUGCUUUAUGAGCAGCAGACUGUGAUUAGUCAAUUAAUUGAAUUCUAUGCAAGUGGAAGUCAGCAGGGUGGCGGAAAUGGCGGGGGAAGUGCUCCGGUAAAUGCUAUUGAAGAGGCUCCUGGUCAGAGAGGAUCUGUUGGUGAAUUGGAUGCCAUUGCCAAGAGUCUGGGGCCGUCAAUGGGGAUUGAAGAUACUAGUGUAUUGAGAGAGAAAUUGGCACAGCAGGAACUAGCACGUAUGCAUGGUAUUACUUCCCAUGAGAGUGGUCCUGUUGCUGCGAUAGCGGACAUGCAUCGGAGUGUUAGAAACUUGGAGACGCUAGAGACUCUUGAGGAGGAAGUUGCUAUGCCUGAUGAAGCAUUCUAUCGUAGUUUGAAUAAUGCUUAUCGGGAGGAUUUGAUUUGUGGUGAAACUUCACGGCCGGCUUCCCAGCUGGGAAUGAUUUGGGAAGAGGCUGAAGAUGUUGACGACUCGAAUGGAAAGAAGGAAGAAACAUUUUCGGGGGAUAAAGUGGCUAAAGAUAAAGACGACAAAGACAAAAGUAAGGAUAAGGAUAAAGAUAAAAAUAAAAGUAAAGAAGAAGUUGUUGUUGAGAAAUCAGAUAACAAAGAGCAAGAUACUGAUGCGGACGAAGGUGAAAUAUUUAGUGCUGCUGAUUACAAAAGUUAUCGGGGAAACACACCUUGUGUCAGUGAACAGGAUUUAGCGGAAUUGUCGAAAUUAAGUUCACUGGACCAAGUUGCGCUGGAAAAACUUCAUGAGCUUGAUAAAUUGACUAGUAAAUUACAAAAAGACUCACAGGAUUUAAUUGAACUUAACACUCGACUAAUGGAGUCGCCUAAACGCCACCAGUAUAAUUCUGAGACAGAAGCUAAAUUGGCUGAGGAAGCCAGUAGUAUAGAUGAACAAUUACGUAAAAUAUAUGCUGAGACUGAUGUUGACAAUUGGACGUAUUCCAAGAGUCCAGGAUCCACGGGCCGAUCCAUAUCUCGUGUUAGUACAGACUCGGGACUAGCAACAGACGGUGAUUUUACCGCAAGGUCCAUAUCUCCAAGACUGAGUACUACACCAAAGAGUCAUUUAGACUCAUCAUCUAUUCACAGUACAUCGACUUAUACACCACCGCGUUUAGGUUACACUACAUCACUUUUGGAAAAAAGUCCUGAACCUGUAAUGCCUUUGCCUAUUGAUCCGGGUAAUUUUGCCAAAGGCUACGCGGAAAAUAAAGAGCUUACGGAUUUGAUGGCCGAGAGUUUCGUUGCAGUAACCUGCGCGUCAUCCACUAUUGGCUAUAGCACUACUACUGAUAAAAUUCCGUCGCCAACACUGUCAGCUGGCAGUCAGCACAGCGUCCAUAGUAUCCACAGUAUUCAUAGUGUUCAAAGUCUACGUACACGUCACGAUGGUUAUUUCGGCAGCGCAGCAAGACUUAACUUUGAAUUCCCCGAGAGUAGAACCCCGCCGAGCCCGUCGCCUAGUUCGCCACCUCCACCGGCUCCCCGUGAUUCUAGUGACAAUUUUAUUAUGCCCAGUGACCCAGCGGACCAGCAUGAGAGCGAACUUAAGCGAGUUCAAAGUCCCAGUAGUAACUUUUUGAGAAGUACUGAGAAAUUAACGGAAGAUAGGCUCUCGUCUCAUCCACUGUCACCAAAAUCACCUCGUGCAUCACCUAAACACGUUACCAAACCUUCAAAUAUAAUGGCCGCCAUUUCUGAUUCUGGACUGUCCUCAAUAAGUAAUUGGAGCGGCAUGGAUAAGUCUCCUAGCUCGCCAAAGACCUCGAUCUCUAAGAUGUUGACUUCCUACUCGCUGGAUCACACCAGGUCAAUUAUUACUGCUAAUCAAGCUUUAAGAACUGUCAGCCCUAUUCCUCCGCUUCCAGCGUCAACUACCAGCACUAUUUCGACAGCGGCCAUCCAAGAACCACUUUACGAUACACCCGAAGGCCGUGAUGUUUUUGGUAACGUCACUGCGGCCAUCACGAAUCACAACUUGCUAGCAAAUCACGUUCCAUACUCUACCGCUAAAUCUCCGGCUUCCAAAGAAGAUUACGGUUUUGGAUCAAUUCCUGCAGGGGGAGUUAAUUCCAGUCCGAAGAAACGUGGACGCGCUCAAACACUUCAGCACCAACAUACUUAUGAUACUGUAACACCGGGAGGUUCAAUGGACAUGAUUUAUCGUCCAGACCAACCAGCAAUUUAUUCGGUUGCAGGUAAUCGUCAACACUUCAUUACCGGCGUCUAUACAAGCAGCCCAAGUAGUUCUAGUCGCUCUUUAGUGCCACGUACUACUAGUGCUGAUCAGUUUUACCAUAGAAAUGCUAAUGGCGGUGAAAACUUUGCUAAUUAUCAAGAGGCCUACAGCGCAAUGCAGUACGCAGAGGCUGCACUUUCUGGUUAUCCCCAUCACCGGAAACCUACAAGAGUUAUGUCUUACGGUGAUAGAAUGGCUUACAAAAAUGCUAUGUACAGAACAAAUAUGUUUCCAACAGAUAAUAUUACUGAUGCAUUAUCUUAUUAUCCGACUUCCACAAAUCUUCCACAAACAGAAGCCACGGACAGUAUUAAUAACUCUUGGCUUCGUGAGUCACAGAUACCUCAUGACUCAACUUCUUCCAGUAUAAGAUCAAUGACUUCGGACGGUAGCUAUGCUCAGAGUUCUUACAAUGAUCGUAGAUACCCACAGCCACCUAGUUAUCAGAGCCAUCAGCAGUACUAUGCAGCUCAGAAUUAUCACCAACAGCAGCAACAGCAGCAGAAAACAGCGCAACAGAGUUAUCAGCAGCAAUAUCAACAAGCUUAUGCACAGCGUUUAACGAGUUCGGAAAGCAGUGCAUCAGAAAGUUUCCAGCAACAUCGACAACGACCUAGAGGCGGUGAACAUCCGGCUCAAUAUAUGGUUGUUGAUAAAGACAGACAAGUAAUUGCCCAAACUCAGGGCCAACAGGGUUAUUAUGAUCCUUCAAAUGUUAUCGUAUCACAAUCAGGUUAUAUCAGUAUUAGUGCAGAUAUUAAAGACCGUGAGGAAGUAAAAGUACCAAAAAAAGUACGCCGUGGCUCGUCUCUUAAAAACGCAAUGAGUUCAAUGAGUCAUUGGUUACCAGAUCUUCAUCUCAAACGCCACAGAAGUCAAUCAUUACCAGGUGGCGUUCGCCGGGAAGAUCUCGAUGUCUCGGAUUCUGGAAGCCAACAAGAGCCCGCGCCGGUUGAAGUUAAAACAUCCCGUGGCAGAUCGCACGCGGCGCGAAAAAAGAAAAAGCAUAAUUUGGUUUCAACUGUUUCAGGGAUUUUACAAAAAGCUAAAAGACGAAGUCAUCACUCCCAGUCACUCUCUGAUCCCGAGCAAUCUGAAACUGAGUGGAGUAGCGGCCGACAAAGUGGCCUGUCUGAAGACGAGGACAGCGUAAUGUCGGACAUUAAUCAAGACCCUCCUUUCUUUGCCAAAGUACGUGCGAGCCAAAAACGAAAAACUCCUCCCACUCUUGCACAGCAGCAACAAAUGCAACAACAGCAACAGCAACAGAAUCCAACGCUUCCGUCUCCACAGCAGCAACAUCUGGACUAUCUUCAGCAGCAACAGGCUGCUCUACAGCAACAGAUUCAACAACAUCAAGAGCAAUUACAAUUACAAGCUGCUCAAGAUCGUAUGAAGGAACGAGAUUUACGCAGUAAGCAUGAAAAUAGUGAGCAUGAGCUGUCAGAUAAUUUAACAAACGCAGAAGACGGUCAUGAUGGCUCAGGAAAAAGUACAGGAUCUGGUUCCGGUGGCUCUACGACCAUGUUCCCCACAGUUGGUGACAUAAAACGCUCGACAGGAAGCUCCGACGAGGCUCCAAAUGAGAAGGCACCUAAAUUACCAGUUGCGAUGAUGGGAGGUGCCAGUAUGGAAUUCGCAGUAUCAAGAGCUUUAGGUAAAUACCGACAACGUCAGUCUUCCACAGUCUCAGACGAUCAACCAACGUCUGAAGAUGCCUUUGACAAAAAAUCCGAUGAUGGACAGCUGCAGGAAACAGUUGGUUCUAAAGAAGGUAAUGAUGCAAUUGAUGGUGAAAUGCAGGAAGAGCAGCAGCAGCAGCAAGAUCGUGUUAAUGAAAAAAACGAAAAAAUACCGAGUGCAAAGCCUCCAGAGCUGGUUACAAGUCUGUCCGAGGAAGCACCAGUAUCGGAGGGAAGUCCAUCGGCUUCCAGCACUCGGGGCUUUGGUUUUGUGACCAACAGAUUUUUGCCAAGGCACCAGCAGUCUUUAGAAAUACCUUGGGCGGGUUCUCGCAGUGGUGAAGGAGACGAGGAUAACAGAAGUACUCAUUCAUAUCGAAGUACAUCCCGCGUGUCUUCCAGAAGACAGAGCACCGAGGAUUCAAUAGACUCCGAAGAUGAAUGGUAUUGUUAUGAGUUGAGGAAACUAGAGGAACUCGAACGACAGUCACAAAUGGAUAUGGAAAUGGCUCAAGUUUUAGUUGAAGAACCAAAUGAAGAACAGGCUCCUUAUUGCCCUGAUGAGGAUGUUAAACAGCGUAUGUCAUUCGUACUUAAGGAAUUGAAACUUAAGACCAUUCCGAAGGAAGAUAGUAAUAAAAUUAUUGAAGAGAAUAAUGACUAUAACAUUAAAAAAGAUAAUAAUCUUAUUAAUAGUUUGCGUGGCACUAAAAUAAAUGGGGCAAUUCCGCUGCAUCGACAGAGACCUUACGAAGACGACGGGAAACCCAUUCCUAAGAAAAAAAAUGCUGAAAGUGUUGAAACCGUUUUUGCAAGGGUCACUGAUUAUCACACUUGGGCUCACGAAGAGGAAGCACGUCGUGAUGAACGAACGGCUCUGCUACCAAUGGACGAGGGUUCUUCUGGGGAAACUUCUGGACCUGACAGUCCUGUUCAUUCGAUGGACGAAUUAGACGAAGAACUAGAUCUUCGCAAAGACUUAGAAGAACAAUCUAGGCGGAGUUCCAGUGGAUCAACAAUGCGUCGAGAAAGCGAAAAGCAGCUUCUCCAUCAAGGAUCAGAUUCACUAUCUCGCGAAGGAAGUGUCAGUGUUCCUCCCAGCGAAGUAUCCGUCAGCAUUCCCGGUGGUUGGGACUCUGAGAGCACCGUCCUUGAAGGGGAACGCGAUGGAGCUGAAAGUGCAGAAACCGCGACUCUAAGUUUACCUAAAAUUAAAAUAGACUCAUCGUCCUGCGGUAGCUCGGACACGACCCUGAAAGAGGGUCAAGUAAGUCCCGGACCUCCUGGUUCCAAGUGGAAGCUCAUUAAAGCUUUAAAAGAACGCAAAGCUGAAGAAAAACUCAAAGAAGAAGAAGACGCCACUGCCAAGGAAAGCGUCGUCCCUCCUCCUCCUCCCGCAAAUGGCAGUGGCGCUGGAGGUGAAUCUGGUGGUCGAGCUAAUGGACAUCCAGGAGAUAAUCCUUUCUAUAGCAACAUUGACAGCAUGCCGGACAUUCGACCACGCCGGAAAUCGAUACCAUUGGUCUCGGAGUUGACAAUGGCAGCGAAGAGGAGCGCAGCUGGAUUAACUUCUGCAGUUCCAAGAGCGACGUUAAAUGACGAGGAAUUGAAGAUGCACGUAUACAAGAAAACGCUUCAAGCGAUGAUCUACCCAAUAUCUUCAACGACGCCUCACAACUUUGUAACCUGGACCGCAACAUCUCCAACAUACUGUUACGAAUGCGAGGGAUUACUUUGGGGUAUUGCACGUCAGGGUGUACGUUGCAUGGAAUGCGGCGUCAAGUGUCACGAAAAAUGUAAAGAUCUGCUCAAUGCUGACUGCCUGCAGAGUAAGUUAAAAAGGGCCGCGGAGAAAAGUUCAAAGCAUGGGGCCGAAGAUAAAGCCAACAGCAUCAUAACAGCCAUGAAGGAAAGAAUGAAGCAACGGGAGCUCGAGAAACCGGAAAUAUUCGAGCUUAUUCGCACGACCUUUUCAGUCGACCCGGAUACACACAUUGACAGCCUAGAGCAGGCGGAGAUGAUCGUCCUCGAGGGUACCAGCAAGUGGUCGUGCAAGAUCGCCAUCACAGUUAUCUGCGCGCAAGGACUUAUUGCCAAAGACAAAAGCGGUACUUCAGAUCCCUACGUAACAGUUCAAGUAGGCAAAGUUAAGAAACGUACAAGAACAAUAACUCAAGAAUUAAAUCCUGUUUGGCAUGAAAAGUUUUACUUCGAAUGCCAUAACUCGUCAGAUCGCAUAAAAGUCAGAGUGUGGGAUGAAGACAAUGAUUUAAAAUCAAAAUUACGUCAAAAACUUACACGUGAGAGCGAUGACUUUCUCGGGCAGACAAUCAUCGAAGUACGAACACUCAGUGGUGAGAUGGACGUGUGGUAUAACUUAGAAAAACGUACCGACAAAAGUGCCGUUUCCGGUGCAAUAAGACUGCACAUUAGUGUUGAAAUAAAAGGAGAAGAAAAAGUUGCGCCAUAUCAUGUCCAAUACACUUGUCUCCAUGAAAAUUUAUUCCACAGUUUGUGUGAAGAAAAUGGCGGUAUGGUUAAAUUGCCUCAAGCUAAAGGUGAUGACGCAUGGAAAGUAUACUUUGACCCUCCUGGUGAAGAAUUAGUCGACGAAUUUGCGAUGCGUUACGGAAUUGAAAGCAUUUAUCAAGCUAUGACGCAUUUUCACUGUUUGUCAACAAAGUACCUGUGUCCAGGAGUGCCGGCAGUAAUGUCAACACUUUUGGCAAAUAUAAAUGCUUACUAUGCACAUACAACUGCGUCGUCUGCUGUUUCAGCUAGUGACAGAUUCGCUGCUAGUAAUUUUGGUAAAGAAAAGUUCGUAAAACUUCUAGACCAGUUACACAAUUCACUGCGUAUUGAUUUAUCGUUGUAUCGAAACAACUUCCCGGCAUCUAGUCAAGAGAAAUUGAUGGAUUUGAAGAGCACCGUAGACCUCUUGACGAGCAUAACUUUCUUCCGAAUGAAAGUCCAGGAGUUAUCGAGCCCGCCGCGCGCGAGUACAGUAGUAAAGGACUGUGUCAAAGCAUGUCUGCGUUCAACUUACCAGUUUCUCUUUGAAAACUGCUACGAGCUGUACAACCGGGAGUUUCAAGUCGACCCGAAUGAAGCUAAACGUGAUCCUGACGACCACGGACCGCGUCUAGACUCACUGGACUUUUGGCACAAACUUAUAGCACUAAUUGUUUCGGUAAUUGAGGAGGAUAGAAAUAGUUACGCGCCGGUGUUAAAUCAAUUUCCGCAAGAGCUCAACAUCGGUCAACUGUCUGCUGCGACGAUGUGGGGGUUAUUUGCAGUAGACAUGAAGUACGCACUCGAGGAACAUGAACAGCAUCGUCUCUGCAAGUCUUCGGCCUACAUGAACCUACACUUCAGGGUUAAAUGGCUCCACGCCAACUACGUUAAGGACGUACCGCCGUACAAGGGUGCAGUCCCUGAAUAUCCAGCCUGGUUCGAGCCUUUCGUAAUGCAGUGGCUCAACGAGAAUGAUGACGUUUCACUCGAAUAUCUCCACGGUGCCUUCAAUAGAGAUCAAAAGGACGGGUUCCAAAAGAGCAGCGAGCACGCCCUUUUCAGUGUAUCAGUAGUCGACGUAUUUACACAAUUGACCCAAUGCUUCGACGUCGUAUCAAAACUUGAGUGUCCUGAUCCUGAAAUAUGGAAGAGAUAUAUGAAGAGAUUCGCUAAGACUAUUGUUAAAGUACUGAUGUCAUAUUCGGAUAUUGUCAAGAGAGAAUUCCCAGGUCACCUUAAAGACGAAAGAAUUGCCUGUAUAUUAAUGAACAACAUUCAACAACUGCGAGUACAAUUAGAGAAAAUGUUUGAAUCAAUGGGCGGUGACAAGUUAGAAAAUGACGCGAAAAAUAUUCUUAAUGAGUUACAGCAACAAUUAAAUGGUGCUCUUGAUGAGCUCGCGAUGUUAUUCGCCAAGAGUUUAGAACCGAGAAUAACUGUUUCCGUCCGAGAACUCGGGGAUCUUCUAUUGGCGAUAAAAGGAGGCGGGCAAGUUAAUUUGACGCAGCCGGCACAGCGCAAUGCGGUUGCUGUCGAGGCUGAUGAUGUUCUAACACCGCUAAUGGAUCUACUGGACGGUAGUUUAACACUUUACGCUCAAUCUUGUGAGAAAACUGUACUCAAACGAUUACUUAAAGAAUUGUGGAAAAUUGUUAUGAGGAUUCUUGAAAAAACUGUUGUCUUGCCGCCUAUGACUGACAAAAGUAUGAUGUUCAAGAAUUUGACCGACAAUGCGAAGAAUCUUGCGGCAAAUGCCAAGAUCGAAGAUAUGUCUCGAAUAUUCAAAAAUCACAUGGCUGGAAAACCAGACGUCAAGAAUGCUUUGAGUGGAGUAAUGGACAUAUCAAAAGAAGUAGAAAAGAACUUGUCGCCGAAGCAAUGCGCCGUUUUGGACGUCGCACUGGACACAAUAAAGCAGUACUUCCAUGCGGGAGGUAACGGCCUGAAGAAAAACUUUUUGGAAAAAUCGGCUGAGCUACAGAGCCUCAGAUACGCUCUCAGUUUAUACACGCAGACAACGGAUACACUUAUCAAAACAUUCGUCACCACUCAACAAAACCAGAUGCCUCUGAAUGAUGCAACAGCCCUACGUCAACGUCAACGUUCCAUGAGCAGUGAUAGGGGUGAUGAUGGUGAUGACGAAGGAAUGGAAGGCUUAGAAGAGCCCCUUCGUCAAAGUAAACCGCCGCCUCUUAGACAUGAAACUCGACAAGACACACUAGACAGUGGAUCAGUGGGUGUAUUGAGUCUCCAGGUGGAUCUAUUUACUCAUCCCGGUACUGGAGAACAGAAAAUCACCGUCAAAGUAAUCGACGCAAGCGAUUUGAAGUGGACUGAAGCGUCAUUCAAACCAUUCGUUGAAGUUAAUUUAAUAGGACCUAAUUUAGCCGAAAAGAAGCGAAAACACGCUACUAAAUCAAAGAGUGGUCUGUCGCCGAAAUUCCAGGAGACUUUCGACUUUAUGAUUGGAAACGAUCAGCAGCUGCUUGAUUACCUAGAGCUCCAUGUCUGCGUAAAAGACUACUGCUUUUUCGCCCGCGACAAUCGUCUAGUCGGUGUGGCCAUAAUCCAAUUAAAGGACAUCGCCGAAGAGGCUUCACGUCCUUACAAACUAUCACUAGGUAAAAGAAUACAAAUGGACGAAACCGGUUGGACGAUACUCCGAAUUCUGUCGCAGCGAAACAACGACGAGGUUGCCAAGGAAUUUGUUAAACUGAAAAGUGACAUCCGGCAGGAAAACCCACUACCCAAUCCCACUUGAAUAAAUAUUAAUAAAUAUAAUUAACUAAAUACCAAGUUCUUGAGCUUUGAAAGAGCUCCAGAUCCAUAACCUGUAACCCAGAUAAGGUUAUAACGCUUCGAGCUACCAAAGUAACAACAACAAUAAUAAUAAUAAUGUUAAUAAUCAUAACAACAGAAAGAUUAUUUAGACUUGAAGACAUAAAAAGUCUUCGCAGAACUGAAUAAAUUUCGAUCGCACAAUCAUAAUAUCAAUAAAAUGGCGUCGUUUGGAUUUAUUAAGAUGGCGAUCACAUCGAUUUAUUAUUUAAAAAAAAAAAACCUAAAAGACUACGCAAUAAAUUCGGUGUAUACCGAAUUAAAAAAAUAAUAAUAAUAAAUAAUAACCUUUAAUGUUAUAAAAAAAAAACAAUAAACGUUCGAUCGUAAUUAAAUAUAUAAAGAUAAAUAAUAAAUGAGAACAGGAUUACGACUGUAGAUAUAAUUGCGAAUUGUUGGAUAAUUUUUUUCUAAUCAAUUAAAAAAAAAAAAAUAAAUAAAUGUUUUAAAUAAACAUUUGCGCACGACCAAAUAAGGCGCGUCCUGACGUCAUUCAUGACGUGCCGAUAGAUUUAUAAUAGGCCCUGUUAACUUCUUAACCUCAAGACAGAGAAUACUCCUUCAAGACACCGAGUACAGAAUUUGAAAACAAUAAAAUUGAAUUAAAAUUUGUGUGAGGUUUAAGAUUUAACAACUCGAAUGUAUUUAAAUAAAAUAGGUUUAAUCGUUGGCUCUCAUUUUUUCCAUCGUUUUUAAUCCAAGACUAAAUUCGACAUGAGAUAAAUAUUAUAAAUCAUCUUAUAAGUUUCUACAAUGUAGUUAACGUCUAGAUAAUUAUUAUUAUACAUAAUAAAUAUUAAAUAUUCGCCAAGCUUAUUCAGAUGCUGAUAAUUAUAACAACUGAAUGAGUUAUUUAUUAAUCGAGAUAUUUAUUAUUGAUAAUUAACUAUUACAUUAAUAUAAAUAAUAUAGGAGCGAUGUUUCGAUACAAACGCAGUCUCGCUCAUAAUUAAAGUGUCUAUUUUCUCUGCAGCCUAAUAAAAAAAUAUAUAUUAUUAUCGUAAUCGUAACUUCAAUGUAGCCGCCAUUUUGUUAAUGCCCAAAGCUGAUUCGUUAAUCGGCUAGUUGACAAACAGUUGGCUAGAUGGCGUCCUAACUGAGAUCUGUAAUAAAUAGUUAUAACUAAAAAUACUUAAAUAAUUAAGGCAAUCGCCUAGCAAAGCCCGAUAUUGUUAUUUAAAUUAUUUUUCCUUCGCUUCUCUUGUAAGCUUAAUGAAAAAAAAAAAAAAAGAAAAAAAAAUAUAUCUCGUAUAUUCUGUGAUAAUUACUCUUAAAUAAUAUUAACACUACACGUAUCACAAUCCUAUUUAAACAGAUAUGGAAUAUAUAUUGAAAGAAAUAAUAUAAAUAAAUAUAUAAUUAAUUGAUUAAUUAAUUAAAUACUUCCCGUGCCGCGAAAAUAACACAAGGGAACAUAAUAUACAAAUAAACACUUCCUGCAAAUUGGUUAUAUUUUAUCUUAUGUUUGAACGUGAGAGUGGUUCUGAGUCCCGAGUUCGAGUCCCCGAGCCGUUAAACGGCAGGAAUUUGAAUUAUAAAAAAAAAAAAAAAAUAGGAUUGAACAGACUGUUGACCAAGUUUUAAACUUAAAAAUUUAAUUAUAUUUAAAUUUAAAUUAACACAAUUGUUGACAAUACUUAUCGCUUGAAAUAUGACAUUAGAGUAAGAAUGAGUUUUAUUUAAUCGUAUAAUUAGUAAAAAAAAAAUUUAAUUUCAAACUUCUUAUAGAGAAUGUUGUAACCGCCUGAGAAAAAAUACUCAGAUAUGAUCACAUAAGAUCAGAUAUAAAUUCAUACAUAAUGAUGCAUAAAACUGAAAUCUGAUCCGACAUGAAUAAAUGUGACCACGCAUCAUAGCCCCACCUAAUAUCAUGUAUGGUCACAUUAAGCUAUAGUAGCUUCAAAUAUGAUCAUAUAUUAUAUCAGUUAUAAUUCACCAUAAUGUCCGAUAUGAUCACACAUAACUUUAAAAUAUUGAAAUAUGCAUGUGAUCAUAUAUAAUCACGUAUGAUCAUAUAUAUUCAAGUCUAAUAAUACAUGAGUAUACAAAUUUCUAAGCAAUGGUUAUCAUAAUAUUAACUAUAUAUGAGAAAAUAUGAUCAUAUUUGAUCACGUAUUAAGACUCAGAUUUGAUCAUAUAUAAUCAUGGCUAUUUAUGUAUGAUCAAAUAGGACUUUUUUCAAAAUUUGAUCAUAUCACAGUAUUCAGGCAUAGUAAUAUAUAUGUUCAUAUAUGGAUAUAUGAUUAUAUAUGAUCUGAUUAUACCUGUUUCAUAACGUAGUCAAAUCUGAGUAUUUAUACAUGAUAAUAUGACCACAGAGGGAAAUUCGAUCAAACCUGAGCAUUGAUAUGUGAUCAUUCAUGAAUAUUUUUACUUAGGAGGCAUUAUUUUAAGCUAAUAUUUAAAAUACUAUGUAUAUGUACACACUUAUCUAAAAAAUUGAAGAAACAAAAAACUUUUUAAAUUUUUUAGUGAUUUUUGGAAGGCUGUAUUUUCGUGAAAAAUGGUCUACUCUAAAAAUUAAAAAAAGCAAAUUGAAGCUUGAAAUCUCUAGUUUGAAGAUCUUCUAGCAAAUUUUUUUUGAGCCCAAGUUAUUGUGUAAACACAAGAAAUAGAUCGAGACAAAAAUUUUCUAAAUUUUUUGGAUUUGAUUAAUAGGGCUACGGGCCCGGGAAAAUUUUUUUCAAGAAAAUCAAUGCAUAGCUCGGUUAGGAACUUUAUUCAGCUACAAUUUGCUUUUUCGUUGUCUCUGUACAACAAUUUGUAGCUGAGAUAUCGGUCUUCAAAUAAGGAUGGAUCCUUUUGUCUUUGAUUAUCGAUAUCUCAGCAACUAAUGGUUGCACAGUAAUUUUGAGGGCAACAGUAGAAACUCAAAUAAAUUCGCCGCAAACCUAAUUUUCGAUUUAAAAAAAAUAGAAAUUUCAUCCCUAAUAUCGAUUUGAAACACAUACGAAAAAUGACUUCUUAUGGUUUUUUAGUCGAUCAACCGCUACUGUACAAAUAUUGAUGAAGAGGUUGACAUUGCCAGUUGAUUUUACAGCUUAAUGUACCUUCAAAAGCUCUGUAAAUUUUCAAAUCGAUCCAUUGAAUCGUUCGCCUGGACCGAUUGAUGAAAAUUUCACAAAACAAUUAAAGGAACAAGCUUUGUCUCUAAAUUUGUAAUCAUCAUCAAAAUAAAAAAAUGAUUUUUUUCGACUAUUCUUACAGUUUUGAGUUACUUUCUCAGCUAAUGUAAGGUAAAGAGAAAAAAAAAAUUUCAUUAUAAAAAAAAAUUUGGGCUUAUUUUCUUCAAAAUUUCACGAAGAAAAAAAGUCCUGAAUUUUUAUUUUUGGAAAUUUUUUUUUUUUCUUUACCUUACAUUAGCUGAGAAAGUAACCCAAAAAUGAAAAAAAAGUCGAAAAAAAAUCGUGUGACCUUGACAAGUCAGUUAUAAAGCCCAACCUCUCCGCUUCGCAUUCGGGGCGUGCAAAAUCAUUAUUUUAUUUUGAUGAUGAUUACACAAUUUAGGAACAAAGCUUGUUCCUUUGGUUGUUUGACAGUUGAUUGACUAAAAGACCAUUAAAAGUCAUUUUUUGGACGUUUUUUAAAUGGAUAUCAAGCAUGGAAAAAAAAAGUUUUUCUGCCCUCUGGCCGGAAAUAGUAUAAUACAUACCUAGGCCAGUAAAAUACGAAAAGUCUCAGACCAAAUGUUCGUCAGCCUCGGCCAACAAUUACAUGUGAUCUGAGAUUUUUCUUCUUUUACUGGCCUAGGUAUGUAAUAUACUAUUUUAAAAUUGAAAAUCAGGCUUGCGGUGAAUUUAUUUGAGUUUCUACUGAUGUCCUUAAAAUUACUGUGCAACCAUUAGUUGCUGAGAUAUCGAUAAUCGAAGACAAAAGGAUCCAUCCUCAUUUGAAGGCCGAUAUAUCAGCAAUAAAUUGUUGUACAGAGACAACGAAAAAGCAAAUUGUAGCUGAAUAAAGUUCCUAACCGAGCUACGCAUUGAUUUUCUUGAAAAAAAAUUUCCUGGGCCCGUAGCCCUAUUAAACAAAUCCAAAAAAUUUAGAAAAUUUUUGUCUCGAGCUAUUUCUUGUGUUUACACAAUAACUAGGGCUCAAAAAAAAAAUUUGCUAGAAGAUCUUCAAACUAGAGAUUUCAAGUUUCAAUUUGCUUUUUUUAAUUUUUAGAUUCGACUAUUUUUCACGAAGAUACAGCCUUCCAAAAAUCACUAAAAAAUUUAAAAAGUUUUUUGCUCCUUCAAUUUUUUAGACAAGUGUAUAUAAUUGAAACACGCACACGUAACACAAAUAUAUGUAUAUAUCGCAUACAUUUCAUAACAUGCGGAAUUGUCGAGAUAUGAAUGAUUACCACUAUUUUUUUUAAAUCUAUUAACUAACUUUUGUCUUUCACGUUCACUUAAUAAAUUAAUUAAUUAAUCCAUUUAUUAAAAACUUUUAUUAUAUUUUAUAAUUAAUUUAUCUAUUGAUUAAGUCCCGCGUGUAUCGAAACAUCGGACCGUAGGGAAUUGAAUGGCGAUUACGUUAUAAUUUGAAAAUAAAAAAAAAAAAUAUUAAUAAAAACAUAAAUAUAACAAAAAAUGGUUAAUUGACUGAAUGUUAAAUGUGUUAUUAAAUAUUUUCAUCUCAUUAAAAUUACAUGAGCUAGUUAUCACACGUACCAAAGAAAUAAUUAUAAUAAUAAAUAAUGAUUAUUAACGUUAAUUGACGAGUAAGUGAUAAGUGUAAAUUUAUUAAUAACUUGGAAUAUCGUGGAAUUUUUGAAAUAAAUAAUAAUGAUAUAUAUAAUAAUGAUUAAAUAAAUAAAUAAUAAUAUAUCAUUAAUUUUUGAUCACUGUGUUCCAUAUCAAUAGGUAUUCUAUUAACGAGUUAAGUUAUUCAGUUUUCAUUUUUUAAUUAACGAUAGAAGUGUAACUCGUUAAUGGGAAUAUCUAAAAGCCUCGAAAUCCAAGUUUGGAUUUAAAGAAAAGUAUAUAUGUAUAAUAUUCAUAUAUAUAUAUAUAAAUUAUAAUCCUGGUUGUUAUCAAUGGAAUUAAAAUUUGUCCCGUUAAUUGUACAAUAAAAUUUUUAUUCCGAAUAUAAAUAUAUAAAUAUAAAUAAAUAAACAAAUAAAUAUAAAUAUAUGAGUGGUGAGAUUUUAAUCGAAGCUAGUGCUUAUUUAUUAAUAAAAAUUGUCUAGUUAAUGAAAGUGCUGGCUGGUUAAAAUUUAACUGCUGUAAAUUAUAUAUAUAUAUAUAUAUAUAUAUAUAUAUAUAUAUAUAUAUAUAUAUAUAUAUAUAUAUAUAUAUAUAUAUAUAUAUAUAUAUAUAUAUAUAUAUAUAUAUAUAUAUAUAUAUAUAUAUAUAUAUCAUGUCAUUUCACCGGAAAAUAUUAAUAAUAAUAAUGUUUUAAUAAUAAAAAAUGAAUAAUGAAUUAAUAAGGAGCCACGGCGUUGAUCGAGUUUAAAACUAUUGCGAAUUUGGCUUUCGGCAACACACGCACGUGUAAUAUAUUAAUACAUUUUGAAUCACAUUUUAAAUUUAAAGGUAAAACAAUAUUGCACAUACGAUUGCACACAUUAUACAUGCUAUCAUAACGAAUAAUAAUAAUAAUAAUAUUGAUGAUAAUAAUAAUAUGAUAAUGGUGAAUUUUAAAUAACGCUGUGGUCGACUCGCUAUUGUCCGCGCUCUAGAACAAAUUACAGUGACAUUUGUAAAAAGAUUAAAAUAUACUCUGAAAGUCUAA